AUGGGAUCGGCAGGAAAAUCGACAAUCAUCAAACAGCUACAAAAAUUGUGCCAUUUAAGGCCGACCGAUUAUCAGAUGUACGACGAGGAGUGGCAACCGAUUCAUCACACAUUUAAAGAGCACGAGUUGCAUCGUUGGGCGCGAAUCAUUCGCAAGAACAUCAUCGACGCCUUGCAAAUACUCGUCAAACAAGCCAAUGCCUGGUCAUUAUCGAUUAAAAACGAGAAAGCACGGGAGUUCGCCGAGAAAAUUUUUACAAUAGACAGCGUGCCAAGUCAAGGCGAUGAAAUGGGUCAAUUGGGAGAGCAACUCGUGAAUCUAUUCAACGAUUCAACGAUCCAAGACACGUAUGAUAAACGAGCAAAAAUGACGGGUGAGCUACAGUUGACUGACGGUACGCUGUACUUUUUGAGUGAUCUUAAAAUCAAAGAGAUCUUUUCUUCUUCCUAUUCUCCAUCUGAUGAUGAUAUUUUACAUGCAAGGGAUCCCACAACGGGUAUCACCGAUUAUCGUUUCUCAAUCAACGAGAUGAAGAUCAUGAUUCACGACAUUGGUGGGCAAAAAGUCGAAAGAGCAAAAACCGUCAACUACAUAAACAAUUGGGUGUCCGCAGAUCGACAAAACUAUCGUAAUUUCAUUUUGUAUAUUGUUUCAAUGGCCGAGUACAACUUGCAACAUCCGAUUCACGACGGGUUGACCCUAUUCGACGAGAGUCUCAAGAUGCUUGAGUUAAUAAUGGAGCUACAACCGGUACAGAAUUGCGGUGUGAUGAUCUUUCUGAAUAAAGAGGACAUUUUCAAGGAUAAGAUCAAACGAUGCAAAGAUUUACCAGAAGUUCGAGGAGAGACCAUCAAAUAUCUAGGAAAAUAUAUGGAAAAGGGUGAUAAAGACAAAUUGGAAACGACUGGUGACUACAGUUAUCGUUCGAUGCGAAAAUGUGUGGCUGCAAAAGUGGCGCACGUUGUUUCAUCGAGUAAACUGAAGCGAAACAAAGGGGUUUAUCACAAAUACACAUGUGCAGUGGACAGUAAACUGAUGGACACGCUAUUCGGCGCAAUUCGAAACGAGAUCACGAAUACGAUAAUCGAUCAGGCAUCUUGGAUCUUU